AUGGAGUCGACAUUGGAGAGCAAGGGGAUAGGGGUAACAAUGAAGGGGAAAGUCAGGGAUGUACCCGAUAUCUGUGACAUGGAAACGAGCGAUGAGGACGACAGUGGAGGUUUCUAUGAAGAGGAUGACGAUCAUUAUGCUAGUGAAAGGGAGUACGGAAUUGACCCCAUUGCUCUUCAAAAUGUUGAAUGGCGCGACCUCAGGCCCGGUUUGCAACUGGAAAUUAUCAGGAAUUUGGGGCGCAUCUACCUCUGGCCGCACAUCGUGGCUUUGUUACACUUGUCCCCCGAAGACAGCAACGAGGCUAUUAGGCACGCCGUUGCCCGUAAACAACAAGCAGAAGAAGAGAAUAGACUCCUCGGGGAAAUGCGAGCGAAACAACUCAAUGCGCUUCUACGAAUUGACAACAGUGUCUUACGGCAAUCGCGAGUUCCAACCCAGUUAGUGUUUCGAAACAUUUCAAAAAGGCAUCUUGAAGGUGCGAGAAUGCAAUCAGAUCCAACCUACCUUAUGAGCACUGCGAAGGAUAUCAUUGCUGCAAAAUGUUAUCUACGUCGGGUCGGGCUUGAUCCCGGCUUCGUAGGCGAAUGGGCCUUUGAUCUGGCGACGAUGCAACAUCCACCAAGUACAAAUCCAAACGCAGUGGAGGAACUUAGGUGGACACUUGAUUCGGACGACCCAAGCGAGAUCGAACAAGAUACUGUCGCAGCCAUAGGCGUACAGAACACGUCACCAAAAGUUCCGCAUCGCAGUGCCAAUACCAGGGAAAAAUUGACGAGCAAAUCCCCUAGGAUAACUCCAAAUCUUCGCUUUAUCAACUUCUUUGGAACAGCACAUGGAGUCGUUGAAGAGGGUUCCCUUCAAGAGAGCAAAGAUGACGGCAGCAGACUAAAGCCAUAUCGUAUAUCGGCUUCUGGCAUAAAGGUUGCUCGAGCAAUUUUCAACCAGGCUCAAGAACCUCCAAGGGAAUCUCCCGCCAGUGCUCGGGGUUCAGAUGUAUCGGAGACAAAUCAGUCUGAGGACACAGUCGUCCGCCUGAGCAUUGGGCCUGAAGGUGCCGCUCGAGUUGAUAGCUUGCCCGACAUGUCGUCUCCAAUUUUCAGCCACUUUUUAUCAAGCCCACCAGUAUCUCCCGCUGCUUCUCCUAGCGUAAUUCAGUCGGAUGCGCCCUCCGAAGACACGGAAAUGUCGGCUCUGAGCAAAACAAAAGAAUCAACUGAGACAUCCGGGCCAGCGUUUGCAGUGCGUCAAAGGCAGCCCUACGAGAAGCCGGUAGAGAGAACUUUGUCUGGUGCUUGGUGGUAUGACUCGAAUGCUCCUAAACCUCCACAUCUGACUGCAGAAUCCAACGCUUCGAUGAGACUCCAAGAACGACUGUUAGCUGCAAGAGCAGAAAAUGAAAUUCGCCAACUGGCAAGAUCCGGGAGCCAGAAUCGGGCAGUUACCGCACCCAUGGUUAUGCAAUUGCCGCUCCGUAGUUCGCCGUUGAAGUACAGCUGUUCUAGUGCUGACGGCGAACGUCCCACCACUCCUCAGGUUCAAAGCUCAGAUGGCCACUCGAUCGUGAUUAGUUCCCCAGUCAAAAUGAAUGAUCCCGGGCGAGCUAUGCCUCAGAUGACGCGCUUGCAGUCUGGCGAUAGCCGAGAAGCGGAACAAGAGCACUGUUCGCGAUACUCGCCCACACCUCUUGUAAAGACCCAAUUCCAGGGCGAUACACAAGCAGAAAAGGGUGCCAAUAGCAAAGCCAACGCUUUCACGGAAGCAAAUCAAAUGGAAGUUUCCAUUGUCUCAACGCAGGAAAGGCCGGACAAUCUCUGCGAGAGCAAUGAGGACUCACCAUCUCGCUUUGAAUCCAGAAGUGGCCAUUCUAAUUCCCAAGAAUCGAAAUCUAGCUAUGAGCCACGGAAAAACGCUCCUCUUCGGAUUUCUUCGAGUAAUGUCAUCAACGCAUCAUCCAUGGAGAUCCGGGUUUGCCCACAGACUGCAGCUCAAAAUACCCGUUCCUGCUCUAUGGAAUCGGUCGAAGAAGGCUCCCAAGUAUCCGGAUUCCAAGACGACAUAUCUUUACCGGAGUUGCCUUUGAAAAAAGUCAGAAAAAGGCCUAAAAAGGCCGUUGUCUCUGAAUCGCAGAGAAGGAAAAGCGCGAGAUUGAAUCCCCCCGAAGGUAGGUCUCUAAGACCGCCUAAAGCAAACGUCAGGUACAAGUUUUGA